CCGAGUUGGUUCUUGUGGACGAGGACGGCGGAUUCAGACAUGCCGCAACUCAAUUAGCUUCUCUUAGGUUAGUAUCUUUUCCGUUGUUUAGUUAUCGUAUAUAUGGAAAUGCUGGGACUCGUGUUUAUUUUUGCAGGCAUCAUCUGAUUGAUGAACAAGUAGGAUGGUUGAAUAUGUCGGGGAAGCGGAUCAAAAAGCAUUUUAUGAUCCAUGCUUUGAUGCUGCAAAAUUAGCAAAGUGGCUUCCUGCUGAUGAUGGGAAGCCAACCCUAAAAGUUAGUUUUUUAGGUUUGAUUACUGAAACAUCAUCAGUCGGGAUUGACAGGCUAAUGGAUGAUGUCAAAAUGAGAUUUAGAGAAGUGCUUCUUAAAAGAGGUUAUGCUGAAGAUAAUGAGAGUGAACAAAUUUCUGAUGAACUUGCACGUGGAGGAAUAAAAUUUGCCAUCUUGCAGAAUGUUGGGGAGCGAAAGAGCAACGAUUGCAAAAUUGAUAUUGUUGGGGUUCUCGCCUCUAAGGGGCAUCCUGCAUUCCACUUGCAACUUGUGUAUACCAGUGUUAGUCAGUUUAUUGAUGGUGCUAAAGUAGAUAUUCAAGACAUUAACAAGAAGUUGGAUGAUGAUUUUACUAGUAAUGAACCCAACCUCAGGGCUAUUGUGCUGAACCGGGAAAGACGAAAAGAUGAACUUAUAUCACCAAAAUCUACUCCUUUAAAAUAUGGCAACACUUCUAGGAAUUCAGGAAGACGUGGUGUAAAGCUUAAGAAGAAGCCUCGCAGUUCUGGUGGAGGCAGUGGCGGUCCCAAAAACAGGGCGAGGAGAUUGUCAAGUCCUGAAAAACCUUUAUUGGAUCACAGUUAUUGGUUACCGAAGGUGAUAAAAGAUAUGGUCCAUAGAGGGAUCCAGGACUGGGAUCCUCAUGGUUUACAUUUGGUGAUGGUUCAAACAGUGUAAAUCCCAAGAAGGCGUUGAUCGAGUAUUCGUCAAAGGUCCUUGGAAGUCGUAUGACUGGUCCUCUAUUGAUGUCUAGUAUUGUUGGGGAUACCCUCUACAAGAUCUUGGAUUUUUCCAGGGUGGAAAACCAAGACAUUAGUCGAUGCAGUCAAUUCUACGACUGUGGAUUUCAGGUGGAUUUCAUCCAUUUUUGUUUUUUCUAUGGAAACCUCACGGUGAUAUGUGUUCAUCUAAAUUAUAUAUGC